AGAAGUUGAGUGUGAGCUGUGUCAGGGGGAGGUGAAUUUGGCUGAGUUCUUGCUGGUGUCAGUCUCCAGAGCUCAGACCGGGAUGAGCCUCUGCAGAGAGCGGCAGCAGCGGUGGCAGGCAGGCAGGUGGGCACAGAUAUGAAAUCCUUUAUCAGAGGGAGAAAACAGGGCUCGUGACCUGAAGACAACCUGCCAUCUUGGGAAAGACUGGUACAAAUCAACUCUCUCUAUUCUUAAAACUGGAAACCAUUGCCAACCAGGAAAUGGACGGGAUGGAACCAGUCCCAGAGGCCUCAGCCUCACAACACAAGAUGUCACUGGUGUAUCCUCUACGGGCAGCCAUCCGAAUACACAGAAGGAUCCGGAGCCUGAAGAAAAGUCGCAUGCAGCUUGACGUAUCCGGCAGAAAAUCUGCCGACAGUACCAGACCCUCCUUGCUUCGACGACAGUUCUCCAUUGAGAGUAGGUCCCUAACGAGUUUUGAAAGGCCUAACGUUUUCAGUUUUGACAUUCCAACGCAGGAGCAGGUCGCACUGAGCAACCUGAGACGCAAAAAGAAGCGCAAGAAGUCCAGACCGGUGCUCUAUCCGGGGAAUGGAAAAAAAUAUCUACCGAUAGAACAUAAAAGUAAGGCGAAACGUUGCCUCUUCCUCUUCAUCGGGAUCGUCAUCUUCCAAAUCUUAAACGCUAUUGAGAAUUUGGACGAUAAUGUCCUAAAAUACGAUCUGGAUGGACUGGAGAAAACUAUGCAGAGGGAGGUAUUCGGACAAAAAAUUGCCAUUGAAAAAAUAAUGGACCUUUUGGGGGACUACCUGGUCACCCACUGGCAUAAUAAGCCCUUGGUGAUCUCUAUGAAUGGACCCAGUGGAGUUGGUAAGAGCCACAUGGGUCGAAUACUAGCCAAGCACUUCCGCUCUGUCGUGGAAAGCGAUUUCAUUCUCCAAUAUUACGCCAUGCACAACUGUCCCAGUGACAGCAACGUUGCGGCGUGCGAGGCUAAGCUCACUGAUAAGAUAUCAGACAUGGUCACCCGGGCAGAGAUAGAGGAGAAGAUACCCAUCUUCAUAUUCGAUGAAAUGGAGCUCAUGCAGCCGACUCUUCUGGAGACGUUGCAAGGUUACUUCAAAUUAAACCAAAGUAAUGAGUUCCUUAAUGCCGUCUAUAUCCUAAUUAGCAACAUCGGAGGCAACGAGGUGACAAAAUAUUUUCUGCAGAACGCCUCCAGCGACAUCGUAAAUGUUCCUCAAGAGCUUCACAACAUCAUACAGUCUUCCUUGAGGCAGCAUCAUAGCAUCUGGGAUGUUGCUGAAAUCGUUCCGUUCACUCUUUUGGAAAAGAGUCAUAUUACUAAUUGCUUCUUGGACGAGUUGUUACGGGAAGGACUGUACCCAGAUACUAGCAACAUCGAGAAGCUGGCGGGACAACUAAAAUAUUACACCAUAAGCGACAAGCAAUACUCCAUCACUGGCUGUAAGCAGGUUGUAGCUAAGGUGAAUCUUCUACAUCCGUACACAUGACCAGCGAGACCAGGGACGGCAGGCGUUGCGAGUCUAAGACUCUGCUACAAGUGGGUCUCGAAUGACCGCCAGGGACUGUACCACCAGAAACUGCCAAAUAAAAUGAUGUUCCUUUAAUCUAAGGCUACACGUCGGCACCACCCGCGACACAUACCUGCAUCGUAACUAGUGAAAGAGAUAGGUGUUCCAGCCUGCAGCAACCGCAACACGACGGUCACGAAAAAUCCUGCUCCAUGUCUUUCCAAUGUUGCGUGUCACAACGCAACCCCAUUCCCUUUCACUCGCUGCGAUGCAGGUAGCGCCACACUACAAUCUUGGGUCGUGCAACGCGUGUUGCGGCCAUGCAUCUGUUUAGCCCUAAACUUAGAGUAAGGCAGUACUAAUUACUGGUUCAGUGGAGUUUCAGGACGGGGGUUGAAAAGUUUUCUAAGGAGAUUAUUCUAAAAAAUGAAUAAUAAAGGGUGAGCCUAGUGAAAGGCAAUGACCUUCUUUUAGGGGUACCACAGUGCUGUGUAAUAAUUUUUGGAAAAAAAUAUAUGCAAUUAAAAUUGGCUACGUUUAGUUUGUUAAAGCAUGA